CUUUAUAUAAACACAGUCUAAGUGAUACUCUUUUCUUCUCGACUCCGAGGACCAUUACCAGAAUGGAUCUGAUGGAGAUUGAUGACAGCGUACAUAUGAGGAAGAACCUCACCAUGGGUGGCCUUGUCACAAAAGUUGAUGUUCAAGGAAGAAAGCCCCCCUCCAGAUGUGCCUCUGUGUGUCUUGGAUUAAUGUGCAUUCUCCUUUUUGCUGCAAACAUAGGACAGUUUCUCUACUAUUACAUGUUCAUCAAUCCGAUGUCAGAAGACCUGAUUCAGACUGCUCACAGCUCUGGAGAACAGUUAGAGGCCACAUUGAGUGACAUGACAAAAGACAAAGAGCAGCUGCAGAAAAGCUACAACACCUUAAAACAAGAGAAAGAUCAGCUACAGACAAACUACAAUGACCUGCAGAAAGAAAAGGAUGAGAUACAGAGGAAUUAUUCCUCAGUGCAGAGUGACCAGGACCAGUUGCAACAAAGCCACAAAAAUCUGACUCAAAGUAAAAAUUCACUUCAGGACAGAUAUCAUUCACUGUGGACAGACAAAGAGGCGUUACAGGACACAAAAGAGCAGCUACAGACAAACUACAGUCGUUUGGAAACAGUGAAAGGUGACCUGACUAAAGAGAGAGACCAACUACAGCAAAGUUACAACACCAUAAAACAAGAGAAAGAUCAGCUUCAAACAAACUGUAACAGUGUUCAGAGAGAAAAGAAUGACUUACAGACUCAGUUUAACACCAUGAGAAAAAACAGGGAUGAGUUACAGAGGAGUAAUGCUGCACUGAAGAGUGAAAAGGACGAGUUGCAAAGAAGCAAAAACAGCUUGCAAAGCCAGUUAGAUACUCUACAGAGGGAGAAAGAUCAGCUCAGGAGUGAUUACACUAGUUUAGAAACAGUUAAAGAUCAGCUAGAGAAGAAGGUUGACAAAGUAAGAGGUGACUUGACUAGAGAGAAAGACCAACUGCAGCAAAGCUACAACACCCUAAAACAAGAGAAAGACCAGCUACAGAUAAACUGUAACAGUGCUCAGAGAAAUCUCAACAACCUGCAGAGAGAAAAGAAUGACUUACAGACUCAGUUUAACACCAUGAGAACAAACAGAGAUCAGUUACAGAGGAGUAAUGCUGCACUGAAGAGUGAAAAGGACCAGUUACAAAGAAGCUACACAAAUCUGAAUCAGAGUAAAAAUCAACUUGAGAACAGAUACCAAUCACUGUCCAAAGACAAAGACGCUUUGCAACUCCGUUAUAACAAUCUGCAGAGGGAGAAAGAUCAGCUACAGUCUAAUUACAGGAGUGUAAUGACAGUGAAAGACCAGCUAGAGAAGAAGGUUGAAAAAGUAAGAGGUGACCUGACUAGAGAGAAAGACCAACUGCAGCAAAGCUACAACACCUUAAAACAAGAGAAAGAUCAGCUACAAACAAACUAUAACAGUGUUCAGAGGAAUCUCAACAACCUGCAGAGAGAAAAGAAUGACUUACAGACUCAGUUUAACACCAUGAGAACAAACAGAGAUGAGUUACAGAGGAGUAAUGCUGCACUGAAGGGUGAAAAGGACCAGUUGCAAAGAAGCAAAGUCAGCUUGCAAAGCCAAUUUAAUUCUCUGCAGAGGGAGAAAGAUCAGCUGAGGACCAACUACAACAAUUUGACUCAAGUUAGAGAUCAGUUACAGCAGAAGGUCAAUGCACUAGACAAGCAAUGUCCACGAGGCUGGAAAAAGUUUGGUGCCUGCACCUGUUUCUAUGUUUCAUCUCUGACAUUUAGCUGGCAUUCCAGCAUAAACUUGUGCAUCAAUUUAGGAGGUCAUCUGGCAAUCUUAAACAGCAAUGACAAGAUGAAUUUUGUCAACGGGCUGCUGAAACCAGGUGUAGUAGCCUGGAUUGGUCUAACUGACAGUGUUACAGAGGGGACCUGGAAGUGGGUGGAUGGAUCCACCGCCAAAACUACAUUCUGGGGGUCCGGACAGCCAAACAGCUAUGGAGGAGACCAGGACUGUGUAGAAUUUACACAGCAUUUAAGUGGUGGGCAUUGGAAUGAUGAAAAUUGUUCUAAUAAGCAAAAAUGCAUCUGUGAAAAAUCCCUGUAAUAUACAUUUAAAGGGACAUUUCAGUGUUUUGAGGUCAGGUUGUAUGAUGUACUUGGCGAUAGAAGUGCCAUUAGCCUCCAGUAAUUUCAGUGAGCGUUGCCCCUUUAAACAAGACGUGCUUGAUGAAGGUAGAAUAUACAGCACCUCAGAUGGAUAAAGCUACGUAGAAUAAAGAAUAAAGUAGGCUAAAGUUACGUACAACGCUGCUACUCAAAAUGAUUUCUGUACUCACAGUAUGUAAUUUGUAGUGUGUUUUUCAUGAUUUUUAAUAACUGUAACCUCCUUUACAGUUUAAUAUGUGUGUAAACAACUAUCUAAAUCAAAUUGAUCGAGUCCAUUCAUUCGUCUGGCAGCUUACGUCAUGCAUAUCGGACCCUAAACGUAGCUGUCUGUGCUGUUUGGCGGUUAAAAUUACUUCUAAAACUUAUCGAUUACAAAAUAAAAUGUGCAAGAAGUGGAGCUGAAGAACGAACAGUGUUUACUUAAUUUAAUUACUCGAUCCAAGCGUGUCUUCAGUUAGUUUGCGUUGUGGUUGUGAGUGCCGGUUUCAUGGCCGUUGUAUCCAGAGCCUUCAGUGGUUCCCGCUUUGAUGGAAUCGGUCCGUCGCUAAUAACGGCCCCACUUCUGUUGUGACUUUUUAUUUGCAUCUGCUGCGCCAAGUUGCUGUAUUUUUGUGCUGUUGUGGAAUCUGUUUGCCUCCACGCUGUGCCGAGUUUAUGUAUCCAUGCGUGGCGCUGAGUGUUUGUAUUCAUGCACUGCAGCAAGUUUUUGUAUUUGUGUUGUGAACUUUUGUUUUUGUGUUUUUCUGUUGUUGUGUUUUUUCUUUUUGCAAAGCGUUUUGAAUUUGCAUUCGUGUGAGACCUCUCGGCCACCGUACGAUUCACCUAAAACAAUUUCCCCAAGUGCAUUCUGUUUAAAGGGGCCCCGCUUUCUGAAAUCACUGGAGGCUAAUGGGACUGCUAUCACCUUAUACAAGUGCCAACUUCAAAAAUACCAAAAUCUCCCUUUAACCCACUCCAUAUUUACACAUAUCUAUUAAAAUAAUCAAAUUCUAGUUUUUCGACAGAGAAAUUUGCUUUCCUAAUUCAAACAAGUAAACCUUUAUCCAGUGCUGUUGAUAUUGAAUAUUGGUUGGUGUUAGCUCAGAUGAAUGACACAGUAACUUGAUUUUACAGAAUCAGAAUUUACAUUUAAUAACUAAUCCUGAUCCUGAAAUGACCCUCUGUUUGAUAGUUUUGAAGACAUAUGAAUAAAUGAAUAUUUAUGAUUUAUCCUAACAGGGCAUAUGCAUACAUCAUUUGUAUUUGUUUUAUUAAUUUACUGUAAGAAAUGAUGAAUAUUGGUGAUUACAUGA